GGGACACGAGGAAGCUCCACCGUCUCGCGGCAAACUGGCGGAUCCUGUGUUCUCCAUUUCUUGCAGGCAUUCGCAUGACGAUCGGGGGAGCCGCCGCCGUGCAAGAUCAGUCAGCUUUGGUUGCUGUGUGCCAGCCAGUCCUGCCGACCAGUGAGGAGUGACAUGGUGGUUCGCCGCGCGAGCGUGUGCAAGCGUGCUUGAUUGUUUCGGCGUGUUCUUCCGGACUCUGACUUGCGUCUUGGGGCUACAGGGAGGACUGGCCAGGGAAGGUUCAGCGGUGUGCUUCUGAAGCCGUUUUGAUUCAAACCAAUCUUGAUUACAUAGACGGCUGCGGUUGACAAGAUCUCAGACAUCUGCGACGAGCAUGGCGGUCACGAAGGAAGAGGACGUGCAGAUGAUGCUGGUCUGUAAGACUCACCUGGGAACCAGGAACUGCGAUUACCGCAUGAAGCGGUACGUGUUCCGCCGCACCGUCGAGGGCAUCCACAUCAUCCACCUGGGUAAGGCCUGGGAGAAGCUGAUGGUGGCGGCGCGCGUCAUCGUCUCGAUUGAGAAUCCGUCGGACAUCAUCGUCGCGUCGCAGCGCCCCUACGGGUCCCGCGCGGUGCUCAAGUUCAGCCAGUACACAGGCGCCAACCCGCUGGCUGGCCGCUGGAUGCCGGGGACGCUCACGAACCAGAUCACCCUCAAAUACCUGGAGCCUCGACUGCUGAUGGUCACCGACCCGCGCACGGACUCGCAGGCCGUCAAGGAGGCCGCGUACGCCAGCAUCCCGGUGAUCGCUCUCUGCGACACGGACUCGCCCCUGGAAAACAUCGACAUUGCGAUUCCCGCCAACAACAAGGGCAAGGAGUCGAUUGCCCUGCUCUACUGGCUUCUGGCGCGUGAGG